AUGUCCGGAUGGUUCUCCUCCACGUCGCCCCUCGACGAGCAGAUCGAGCGGGCGACCGGUUCCUCUCUGGAAGAUAUUGCUCUCAACUUGGAGAUCUCUGACAUGGUCCGAUCGAAGAGUGUUCAGCCCAAAGAUGCCAUGAGGUCUUUGAAACGACGACUGGAGAAUCGGAACCCCAAUAUUCAACUUGCAACAUUAAAGUUGACCGAUACAUGCGUCAAGAACGGAGGCACUCACUUCCUUGCCGAGAUUGCGUCUCGCGAAUUUAUGGAUAACCUGGUAUCGCUGCUCAAGUCUGAAGGGGCGCCAUUGAAUCCUGAUGUUCAACGAAAGGUGUUGGAACUCAUCCAGAACUGGGCCAUGGCUGCUCAAGGUCGGAUGGAUCUGAUGUAUGUUGGGGAGACUUAUCGCAAGCUUCAGAAUGAGGGGUUACAUUUCCCCCCAAAGACCGAAAUGAGCGGUAGUAUGUUGGAAAGCAACGCACCCCCAGAAUGGAUCGACUCCGAUGUUUGUAUGCGAUGCCGCACCGCCUUCAGCUUCAUGAAUCGCAAGCACCACUGUCGGAACUGCGGAAAUGUUUUUGAUCAACAGUGUUCCAGCAAGACCCUUCCGCUUCCGCAUCUUGGAAUUCUGCAGCCUGUUAGAGUCGACGAUGGAUGCCAUACCAAGUUGACUUCGAAGUCAUUUACGCCCGCUGGCAUCUCUGAUCGCUCUGCGUUUAAGAACAAUUCUAUCACAAAGUCUAGCUCGAUGGAACCUCGCGGCGCCAAGGCUGACACCAGCUUUGAUGAUGAUUUGCGCAGAGCUUUGCAGAUGAGUCUUGAAGAGGCCGAAGGCAGGGGUCCUACGGGAUUUGUACCGCAAACCGGCGAUGCUCCUGAGCCCACUAAGCCAGCUCCAGGCCCUGCCAAUGUGGAGGAGGAAGAUGCAGAUCUUAAGGCCGCUAUCGAAGCAUCUCUUCGGGACAUGGAAGAGCACAAACAGAAACAUGCGGCUGCAUUGAAAAGCAGCGCCCACCCCAGUAGCACAUUGCGCGAUUCAUCAAGCACGCCCACCCCACUGCCUAAGAAUCCUUACGAACUCAGUGCCGUGGAGGCUGAGAACAUCCAUCUCUUCUCUACAUUGGUCGAUCGGUUGCAGCACCAGCCCCCAGGUACCAUUCUUCGGGAGCCACAGAUCCAAGAGCUUUAUGAGAGUAUUGGUGCGCUCAGACCUAAAUUGGCACGGAGCUAUGGAGAGACAAUGAGCAAACAUGAUACCCUCCUCGACCUCCAUUCGAAAUUAUCAACAGUCGUUCGCUAUUAUGACAGAAUGCUAGAAGAACGUUUGUCGAGCGCAUACUCGCAGCAGACACUUGGCUAUGGAGCUAUCCCGGGCGCCCCUCAAUAUCCUACCAUGUCUGGUUUGGCUUCUCAACCUGCUGACCUCAAUUCCGGCACCGAGAACUUCUAUUAUGGCAAUGCUCCCGACAUGUCUCGCCCUUCCACCACCGUAUAUGCCCCUCAGAUCAACGGUCAAGCGCAUGGAUACGAGGCACAGGGUGCGGCUGUAACCGGUCCCGGUUACUCGCAACAAGCCCGGAAUGGACACUCUGCAGCCGAGACAUACAAUAAUGCGUGGCAGCAAAACCCGUACCCGUCCUUGAGCUCGCCCCCGCAUUCUAAUAGCACAAUACCCAGCAACCAUCCUGGCUCCGCUUCCGGAAAUGUUGCCCAAUAUUACACGCCACAACCUGAGCAAGACCCAUCCAAGCCGCAAUUCGCAGAAGCCUCAUACCAACGUGCCUCGCCGAUCGCGAGACGAGAUUCGCAGUACCAAAAUGCUGCACCGUCAGGUGUUCCGGCUCCAUCUGCACCCGAGUCACAUCCUUCUCCCCAACAUGUGCAAUCCCCGACCUACUCCGCGGUGCCCCUGGCUGGACCUCCCGUCCAACAGCAGCCGACUGGACCUCCACCUCAGUCAUACUAUUAUCAACCCAAUACUGUGCCAUCUGGGUACCCACCGAUGACAACUGGCCAACCGGGUGCAUACUCGGAGCCCGCACAACCGCAGCCUUCCACAUCUCAUCAACCACCUCGACCGGUGGAGGAGAGCUUGAUUGAGCUGUAG